UUAGUUAAUAGCACUGCUUUUUUUCAUUAUGGUUCUUGCUAUUCUGGGAUGAUCAUUAUUUGUGCUUAGUGUUACAUGAGACAAUCACUUGAUUUCUUCAGCAAGAUGGAAAUGAUAGAGACGUUGCAAUUAGUACUCACGGUGGAUUGCAGGAGAAAACCAUGGGUGGCAUUUGUAUGGAUUAUGGUUUGCCAUCUGAUUAUGCCAGUUCCUAGUUUCUCUAUACGCCUAUUAUUGAUGCUCGACUUACAUGCUCUCUUAUGAUUUGGUAUUUCCGAUUUGGUUUCCAUGUACACAGUUAACACUAUCUGUUUAGACUAUGUUUGUUGCUUGAAGGUGAAGCUGUUGGUUAUUCACUAGAAAUGUUAAGUUUGGGCAAUCAGUUGGAUUUGUUCCUAGCAUGGGAGUGCACUAUACGGUCACUGUGAAACCUUCCCAGCAAACUGGGUAGUCAAUAAACUUAUUAGCCGGAGUCCGGAAAGCAGGUAGAGCAAAAAAUGUGCGUUUGAUCUCGACACCAGAAAGAAGCCAAGUUUCCAUUUUCUGUUUGGUUCAUUUGCUUAGUUGGAUGACAGCGAAUGUGUACAGCUGGAAGAGUGAACUACGUAGCUUUGACAAAAUUGUCACGCAGGCUCUUUGCUGACAUGUCAAGAUAUGGUCCACAUGGACACAUCGUGCCAUCAUUGCUGACGUGUCAAGAGAUGGUGGUCCACUUGGACACAAGCGUUAAAAGAAGAGAACCUGCCCUUCACAUAACGAUGAAAGUUUUUAGUCUGAGAAUCGGGAAGCAAUAAGCCUUCGCAAAAGACAAGCGAAUACUAGAAACAAGAAACGAGCACAUGAAAAGCACAUGAGAAAGCAGAGUCCAAUCCAAUGGCAACUUGGCAAGGGGUAACUUAGACGCGACGCACACAAUUCAUCAAAAAACUCCAAGUCCCAAGACAUCCUUAAGCCUGCCAUGAGAAGCCAAACUUUCUCUGUUUUUGAUGAAGUAACUAACCACACAGAGAUCUGAGCAAACCAAAACCACCGCCCUUUCCUUCUUAUAUAUAGCCCUAAACUCACAUUGUUCCCAACCACAACAGCAAACGACAACUUGUCACCUGAAGCCUUGCCUUGAGAUGGUGGUAUUUUAUCCAACCCAAAAGCAACAAACCCUAACCAAAACACAGCUCAUGAUCAGCAGCUACCAUAGCCACACUCUGUUACCAAACCAGUGUGGCUCGAGCCUUGUCCAAACCAUCGACGCGCCGCUGCCCCUGGUCUGGUCCGUCCUCCGCCAAUUCGACAACCCUCAAGCCUACAAGCAGUUCAUCAAGAGCUGCAGCAUGCGUGCCGGCAAUGGAGGCAUCGGAAGCAUCCGGGAAGUCGUGGUUAAAACCGGCUUGCCGGCGAAAAACAGCAUGGAGAGGCUGGAUGAGCUCGACGACAACAUGCAUGUCAUGCAUUAUAGCAUUGUUGGUGGAGAUCACAGGCUUGCAAAUUACAGUUCUACCACUACCGUGCACAGAGAAGAGGAAGGGAAGGCUGUUGUGAUUCAGUCGUAUGUGGUGGAUGUGCCUGCCGGGAGCAGCGAGGAGGACACUUGUUUGUUUACUAAUACGAUCAUAGGCUGCAAUCUUAAGUCGCUGGCUAAAGUCACAGAAAAGAUGGCUGCUAAUAAUUAAUUAGCUUGUAGGCUUAAAGGUUUUUAAUCUUUCUUCGGUUAGAGGUUAAAGCUGGUAAUUGUAAUUACUUAUUUGAGAGUUGAGAAGGUUAGCUUCCCCAUUUGGCUUGUUAGAUAUUUUGUGCAUGGGUAGUGCGGUUGAUGAUGACUUCUUUCUUGUUGUAAUAAAUAUGUGAUUUUACAGCUACUCUGCGCGUUACGAAACUUCAUAUGAUAGUAUACAUUUU